AUGACACAUCACAACGAUGUGAUUGUGUUUGAAACAACGAAAGAAGUACAUGAUAACAAUUUGAAGAAACUUCUUGAGCGAUUCAUGGAGAAAAAUGUGUGCACCAAACCAUCUAAGUGCAUGUUUGGAAUGAUCGAGUUGGAAUUCCUGGGAUUCACUGUCCGUUCCAAAGGAUGUCGACCGGAUCGCAACCGAUUCAAACCUUUAGUGGAUAUCGAAUCCCCUAAAGAUCAAAAUAAUCUACCAUCAAUUAUUUAUUUAUUCCUAAUUUCGCCACCAGGGCCCAACCUUUCUUUGUCACGCAAUCCGCUACAGACUGGAAAUAAACCGUGGACUACGAAAGAACCCUUCAUGAAUUGA